GAAAACAUCAUCCCGAUUUCUGAGAACCAGUUCAAAAAAUUCCCUGCCAUUUUGGACUUCUUGUUGUACAAAGAGAGAGAGAGAGAGAGAGAUGGCGGUAGUGGAGGGCUCGCCGGAGAUCGGAGGGGAGAAGAGGAUGGUGGCUGCGAGGUCGUCGAUGGUGGACUCUUUCAAGGGGUGUGGGUUGUCGGGGAUGAAGAUCGACAAGGAGGAGCUUCGGCGAAGGAUUCUCAUACCGAGAUACUUACGCUUGGCGAUGGUGGAGGCCGUGCGUGAAAAGAACCCUGUUGUGGUGGAGGCGCUGAAGGAGGAAGAGGAAGAGGGUGUGGCGGCGCCGGAGGCGCCUUUGGUGGUGUUUGUGAACUCAAGGAGUGGCGGGCGGCAUGGGCCGGAGCUUAAGGUUCGACUUCAGGAACUCAUGUCCGAGGAGCAGGUCUUUGAUCUUUCAAGCGUGAAGCCUUUAGAUUUUGUGCAGUAUAGUCUAGCAUGCUUAGAAAGGUUGGCUGCAAGUGGUGACAGUUGUGCCAAAAUCACACGCCAAAAAUUGAGGAUCAUGGUUGCAGGAGGUGAUGGUACUGUAGGGUGGGUUUUAGGAAGUCUAGCAGAGCUUGUUGCACAGAACAGAGAGCCAGUUCCUCCAGUUGGCAUCAUUCCACUUGGAACGGGCAAUGAUCUUUCCAGGAGUUAUGGUUGGGGUGGUUCGUUUCCUUUUGUGUGGCGAUCAGCAAUGAAGCGGUCUCUCCUUAGAGCUGCUACCGGUCCCAUCUGCCGUCUUGAUAGUUGGCAAAUUGUGGUCUCCAUGCCAAAAGAAGAAAAAGUAGAACUGCCUCACUCACUGAGGCAUCUGGAUGGGGCUGAUUUCAGUCAGGAUUUGGAUAUUGAAGAUGAGACUCUUGAAAAGUUUUCUUGCUUUGGAGGAGUCUUCUAUAAUUAUUUCAGUAUAGGAAUGGAUGCUCAAAUUGCUUAUGGCUUCCACCAUUUACGAAAUCAGAAACCUUACCUGGCCCAAGGUCCAAUUACAAACAAGUUAAUUUACUCUGGAUAUACUUGCACACAAGGAUGGUUCUGUACGCCUUGCAUUGGUGGCCCUGGUUUAAGGGGGCUCAAAAACAUUAUGCAGCUUUCUAUAAAAAGGGCCAACUGCUCAAAUUGGGAACAAAUUCCAGUUCCUUCAGACGUUCGGUCAUUAGUUGCUUUAAAUCUUCACAACUAUGGAAGUGGAAGAAAUCCCUGGGGUCAUCCAAAGGCUGAGUAUUUAGAAAAGAGAGGCUUUGUCGAGGCUCAUGCAGAUGAUGGUCUGCUGGAAAUCUUUGGUCUAAAGCAGGGAUGGCAUGCAUCAUUUGUUAUGGUUGACCUUAUCACUGCUAAGCAUAUUGCACAGGCAGCUGCCAUCAAGUUGGAAAUUAGAGGAGGAGAUUGGAAAAAAGCUUAUAUGCAAAUGGAUGGAGAACCCUGGAAACAGCCAAUGAGCAAGGAGUACUCAACCUAUGUAGAGAUAAGGAGGGUUCCAACUCAGUCCCUCAUGAUAAAUCGGGACUGAUUUUCCUAAUUUGAACAGCAUUUAUUCUACCAAUUUCAACAGCUUUUCAUUGAGCAGAAUUCAACAACCAUGUGCAGUGUUUGAUGUGAAGAAAAUAGCUUGCAUUUGGUUUGGGCUUGUGGUUCAUUGCAUGUCAAGAGUAUUGACAUUCAAUUCUUGUACAGUGCUUUGUGUGACCUAUUUAUUUUGUUGUGUUAUAAAGUAACAAUUAGCUUAUUUCUCAGGUAUUCCUGGAGUUUGUGUAUAAUUUGUUGCAAUUGUGGUGCAGAUGUUACUGUAUUCUUGUGUUUCUCUGCAAACCAUUUUGACUAUUAGAGCUUUUUGGAGAGUAGAUAUUUUAAUC